UAUGAUCUUAUAAACUGCAAAAUGCUUUCACCAGCACCUUCAGUCGACCCUGUUCAUGAUUUCAUUUCAUCAGAAAAGUAUAUUGAAAGUCUAGAGAAAAAACUGAAGAAAGUAGCUGGUCAGUCUAACAAAGAGCCAACGUCCAAGGAUAUCAUUAAAUCCUUGGAGCAGUGCAAAGAAGCCAGCAUGAGGCGUCUUCUUGAUUCCUCCAAUGGCACGAGUCAACCUCAGGAUUACAGUGAGGCAGUGGUGAACAAGACACACCAGGGGCAGCAGCAGGAUGUGGAGGAGAUAGUGGCCAUUGUGUACCAAGACCAGCUAGCUGCACACAGCACUGAACACUCAGCACAGCACACUGUAACAGAGCACACAGAGCAAGAUCCCAGUCUACAACAGCGAUGAAAUACAUGUAACAAGAAUAUAUUGACUAAAAUAAAUUUAAGUGGGUGCAAUAAUAACUGAUGAAAUUUUAUGAGUAUGUGUGCUAAAGUUUCUGAUGUAAAUUUAAAUGACCGGCAUACAUCAAAUGCAGUAAUCUUAGUUUUGUACAUUUUAUCUCAAUUUACCAUCUGUACAUGUACCUACAUAGUUGGAAAGGAGGAAUGAGCAAACUGAGCAAAUACAUAUUGAAAAAAAAAAUGGCUGGACCAGGCAUGAAACCUAGGAGCCCAGCAGUUUUAGCCAAGUGCUCUUCCAUUCAGCUAUCCAGACCAAUAUCCAUUUAUUUAACCUCAAGUACAUGUACAUCAAACAAGUUCUAAGAAUUCUUUAAUUAUCAAGAGUGUUUAUAGUGAGAAUCAACAAUGUUCAUGUACAUACAUCAAUAUGAAAUUAUAAUUUGAUUUUACCUGUAUUAGUCUCCAAUGAUGGUUCCCUACUGGUCAUGGGUUUCAGAUGAUGAACAAAAUGGGUAUCUUAAGAAAUUUGAGUAGCAUUCUUUAGAGUACGUAUGUAUGUAUUCAUGAGUGGAAUAAAAAUGAUAGGAAGAUUUUA